GUUCGAGGGGUUCUUGAAACUCACCGGGGUUUCUUCUCUCCCUCUGGCGGAUCAAACAAUCGCUUUAGUGUCCUUGCUUGACGACGACUGGACGAGGACGUUACGCUAUGGCCUUGAUUUGGGUCAGCAGGCAAGCCUGCAACCCUCGACACAAUGGAGUCUCACCUACAGCGCCAGAGGAACGUGAUGGUGGACCGAAGGGACUUCUAUGCAAGAGUUCAGGAGCCUGGUGAGCGAUUCGACGACUUUCUCUGUGCGGUGAAAGAAAUAACUGCAUUCUGUGAUUUUUGCCCUACGUGUUUAGACAACAGAUUACGUGAUAAAGUUGUUGUUGGCACCCGUGACGAGGAAGCACUUAAACAAUUGCUUCAGGUACACGACCUUGACUUAACUAAUGCUGUACGCAUAUGCAGGGCUUCAGAAACUGCUCAUGCCGAUAGUGCCAAUUUGCGAGGGAGUGGCUCGACAAGUGUUCAGAAAGUGUCUCGUCGCCCACCGUACCAAGGUAACAAGCAACGGCACGGUACAGUCAAACCUGAAAACUGUGCUUGGUUUGGUGGAAAUAGGCACACUGACAGAAAACAAUGUCGAGCAAAAUGUCAAGUGUUAUAAGUGUGGUAAAAUAGGACAUUUCAGGAAAGUGUAUAAGUCAUUGAAAGUCAAGUCUACGAAAGCAGAGAAAACGAAGGUGCAUCGUCUAAUUGCCGAUGUUUACGUGAAUGGUGUUUGUUCUCGCCGGGCGCCUUGAAUCAGUGUGCGAACUACUCACCCCACUGGUAGUGGUUUGAUUCAAUGGAUCCCAGACUCGAGCGCUGAAACGACCAUCAUGGGCGAAAGGGUCGCAAACUCCCUUGGCAUCCAGCAACGACACUUGUGCACUUUACCUAGUUCUGGUCUGUUUGCUGCGGACCAGCAACCUUUGACUUGCAUCGGUACUUUCCCUGCGAGUCUUGAACUGGGUGACAGGAAAGCGGAAGUGACUGUGUCCGUGGUGAGAGAAGUGAGGGGUUCGUUACUGAGCUGGUUCGACUCUGUUUCUUUGGGUAUUUUACCAGACGAUUUCCCGGCACAGAUUCAGGCUGUGAAGAAUAAAGUACCGAAAUCUACACCUGGAAACGUAACGCAAGUGGAAUCUACGCCUGCGACUUUGCGUCGAUGGCCACAUGACCGUGAACCCACACCAGUAGAGCGAGCAACGCAUGCUUUGGAAAUUAUUGCCGCAUUUCCGAAAGUGUUCGACACAUGGAAGCUUGUUCAGUGCGGUUCUCGGUUCCUCACAGACACAGAGACCCGCUAUGCUGUGAUUGAGAUGGAAAUGGCAGCGCUUGUAUGGGCUGCUAACAAGUGUAGUACUUACCUUCGAGGUUUACCGCACUUUGAGGUAGUCACCGAUCACCGCCCGCUGCUACCCAUCCUCAACCACAAGUACAUCGGAAAGAUAGAAAAUACCAGACUCCAGCGCAUGCGUCAGAAACUAGUUGCGUAUAAUUUUACUUGUGUCUGGCAACGCGGUGCUGAUCACAGCAUCGCCGACGCUCUGUCCAGAUCACCUGUUCAGGAUCUGGUGGAAGAGGAUGAAGAGGAGGAUGAGGAUCCCCUUCAUACUGCUAUUCUAGCUACCUUAUGUGCAGUUGAUGAGACCGGCACGCGUAUUUCACCUCUACACGACGCUACGCUCGCAAAGGUAUGUUCUGCAGCCACACAUGAUCAUGAGUAUAUGAAAUUACGUGAUGUAAUAUUAACUGGCUUUCCUGAGCAUGCUAAUAAUUUAGACCCUGAGCUUCGACCUUACUGGAGGAUUCGCGACAUGUUAGGUGUCGUGGACGACCUCAUAGUCUACGGACCACGACUCCUUAUUCCAUGCUGUCUUAGAAGGGAAACCUUGGACUGCCUGCACGACAGCCACCAGGGUAUAGAGAGGACGAAACGACGCGCUCAGCACUGUGUGUACUGGCCGAGAAUAGACACUGACAUUGAAAAUAUAGUUUCUUCCUGUACAGCGUGCCGCCAGUUGUUACCAAGCCUGCAGAGGGAGCCACUGCUUCAGGACGACACACCUACCCAUGUCUUUGAGUCUGUCUCAGCCGACUAUUUCCACAUGGCUGGCCGCACGUUCCUGGUGUAUGUGGAUAGACUCUCAGGAUGGCCGUAUGUAUUUAGCUGCGCGAGGCCUGCUUCCUCGGCUCAGCUUGUCUCACUUUUACGCAAGCUCUUCACGGACACUGGCGUACCUACCGUACUCAGGACUGAUGGAGGUCCUCAGUUUACGUCAUCGCAAGUGCGACGCUUCUUGACGCAAUGGGGGGUGGAACAUCAUAUUUCCUCUCCUCACUUCCCUCAGUCGAACGGUCAUGCGGAGGCGGCCGUGAAACUCGUCAAGAAGUUGCCAAUGACCACUACGCAGAACGGUAACUUGGAAGAUGAUGCUUUCACUCAAGGCCUGCUGGAACUAAGAAUCGCUCCUCAUGGUGACGGGAGGUCGCCAUCACAGGUAUUAUUUGGACAUCCUUUACGAUCCUCUGUCCCUACUCACUAUCGUUCCUUCGCAGAGGAGUGGCAGAAAGCAGCGGCAGAGUGUGACAGCAAAGCAGUAACUCUCCAUCAACAAGCCAAGGACAGAUAUGACGCCAGGUCUCGCACACACUCCCAACUCUUUAUCGGAACACACGUGGACGUGUUCAACCACACGUCGAACCGUUGGGAUCGUCAUGGCGUGAUCGUGGCCAUAGGAUCCCGGCGUGACUACCUGGUAAAGCUGGGUAGCGGGAGGACCUGGUGGAGGAAUCGCAGGUUUUUACGCCCACAUCGCCCAUUCCUCACGAGCGCAACCACUGGUGAAAUGCGUUUGUAAGAAUCGUCGAUUACUCAACCCCCAGCCUUGCAUGUACCUCAGGAGGAGAAGCGCAAGGACAGUCAACCUGCCCAUCUACACCGCAGCGGAUGCCAGCGACGGGAGCCGAGCAGACUCACUGUACACUGGGAUAAGAAGUCUCACGACUAAUGUAUAUAUGUGAUGUAAUCUUGGGGGGAGGUGUUGGGUUAUCAAUUAUGAUUGUUCCCUUGUCUUGUUGGGUUCAUUGUCACAGCCCUCUAAUUCAAGAGUUUCGAACCAUAGAGACUAGAGGGAGUCUAUGUUGGGGUUGUAAGCACUACACUAAGUCAGUAAACAGCACGGCUCCCCUCA